AAGUUUCAGCCAAAUAAUUUAUCACUUCUCGGUUCUCCAAUACAUUUUCUCCCCCCCCCCCCUUCUCCGGGCGGCCCCGCCCCGCCGCGGUCCGGUCCCACGCCCCCUGAAUGCGUAACGUCGAUAAUACACAAUCUACUGUGUGAUUUAAAAUUUCAUAAAAUAAGCUCAGUGUUCCUGUGCUUGCGAAGUUUUAAUACGUGAGAACUUAAGUGCCACUGAUGAAUCCUGGAGUUGUUUCUCGAUAUGUAAGAAGUAUCUAGUAAUGCCACGGAGAUGUUGGAUCAUAUGAAUGAUUUUGAUCUUUUUGGAUUCUUUUACAAUUUGGAAAGUUUUCCAUUUUGAAGAGUCACACCCAUCCUCAACACAGAUGAUUUUAUUUGCUGCUCCCCCGAGAAGCAGAACUCAGUCAUGCCCCUAUCAGGUAGCUCUAUUACAGAAAGCAUGGCCAAUACUGGGCAGCAUCCAAACUCAUCAAACGGCCUGGCCCAGCCAUUCAGUAUCGCAACCCUGGCUUCAUCCGCUUCACCCUCAACGAUACCACCAAUGCCAAGUUUGUCAACGUCGGGAAGCGAGGCAUCGACUCUUUCACUUGCAUCAGGGUCGAUCAUUCACAGACCAGACUGGGUGGAGUACUUAUCAGGGGGAGGGGCUGCAUUUGUCAACAUUGUCAUGACUUUUCCUUUGAACAAGGUGCUAUUUCGACAACAACUACAUGGGAUCCGUGCCAAAAAAGCCCUGCGCCAGAUUAACAAGGAGGGACUCCAUAAUAUCUAUCGUGGCGUGCUGCCUCCACUCUUGCAAAAGACGUGUUCUGUAUCUCUCAUGUUUGGUGCAUACGAACAGUUCAGUCGCAUCUUCAAGAGCCAGUUCCCUAACCUCAAUUCAACUGUAAUUAUUUGUCUGGCUGGUUUGCUUUCAGGUUCUUGCGAAGCCCUUCUUGCUCCGUUUGAGCGCGUUCAGACUCUUCUUCAGGAUCAUAGGAAUGAACAUAAAUUCAAAAACACACACCAUGCUCUUAGAACAGUCUACUCCCUUGGUAUAAAAGAGUGUUAUCGUGGACUUACAGCUGUCCUCUUGCGCAAUGGGCCAAGCAAUAUUGUAUUCUUCAGCCUGCGAGGAAAGCUCCGAUCAGCACUCCCAGAGCCAACGACGGACACGGGUGCAGUGGUGAACGACUUCAUCAGUGGGGCGAUCCUGGGUGCGAUGCUCAGCACUGCAUGGUUCCCGGUCAAUGUGGUCAAGACGCGGAUGCAGUCCAAAGUCGGCGGAGAGUUCCGCUCGUUCGUGUACACCUUUCGGAAGAUCUACGUGGAGCGUGGCUGCCGCUGGAGAGCCAUGUUUUUCGGAGUCCAUCUCAAUUUCACCCGAGCUUUAAUAUCCUGGGGCAUCAUCAAUGCUUCCUAUGAAUUCAUCAAGUCAUCUUUCCAGACCCGGGGUUCAUGAUAGACUCUUACAGGAAGCAGUUAGAUCUUCCUGUCGAAUCUUAAGCUGUGUCAACCUGUCAUCAUUACAGACGACAUUCAUGAGUUGUGAUUUUUCCCUCCUUAUCCCGUAUUGUGCAUGAAAUCAUGUUGAAAAAUGCUGAAGAUAACUUAAUCAUAUUGAUUUAAUUUACACGUUGUCUUAUCUGAAUUGUGUUGGUAUUUUCAACAUUGCAUGAAAUAUAAGAGUUCAAACUCAUUUAACACUGCAUGGCCAUUUAAGUUGGAAAAAGGGUGUGUCGUUAUAAACAUUAAAGGUAAAUGCUAGUUUUGGUAACGAUAUCAAAAUGAGUUCGUACAGAAUCCAAUGAAAUGACCACCAAAGUGUCUGUUUGUAUGAAUAAAACGCAUGUGCCAAAGGAUUCUGGAAGAAAUUGUGUAAUUGCUGAGAAAUCAGCAAAUAAGCACAGGAUUCGGGUAGAGCGUCGGGCCCGACGCUCAAAGCAAUAAUUAUACACUGUCCCACGUGCGCUUAUCUGUGUUGGGGAAGUUCAGUCUGAACAUUAUUCAGCGUAGAUUUCAAGAUUUCACAAAGUUCAGUUUAUGUAACUGUACCAGAUCUAGAUCCUCGAUGAUAUACUGACAAUUAAGCCUGGUUUUACAGACUUUCUCAUGAAAUCAGUGUUUACUGCAACUACUGGAAUUUCUCUUUAAAUCGUGUGUUCAUGAAUUUCAUGCUGUUAUUUUGUAUUUUCAUAGAUAUAAUUCGAUUAAGUUCCAAUGACAUCUCAAAUUGAGUUUCUUAGUCUCCUGAAAUUCUGUUAAUUGUUAUUUGAGAAACCAUGAUGCCAUCAUUUUCUUACCUAGCUCAUAAACGUUUGGUCCAAUUGAUUAAUAUCUUAUUUUACAGCGAAGCCUACAAUAAGCCUUUUGCAAAUUUUUCUUUAAAUAUUUGUCAUAGCAAAUAUUCAGGAGACUACUUUAGAGUAUAUGGUUCAGUAAACUUCAUUUCUCUUACGUGAGAUUAAUAACUGGCUCGUAAGGGUGAUGUUAAAAGGCUCAGGCAUUGACAAUCUUUUUAGAAUCUUCAUGUGAUUACAUGAAAAAAUAUCAGGCAUAACAUUGUCAUGGUAUUCAUGAACAGAAUCAAAUUUGAGAUUAUAGCAAUGUGUGAUUUAAUUUGAUACUACAAUAGAUAUUUUUGCAAGAACUGACUUGGAGAAUUUACUCGAUAAAAUCCUAAAAGAUUUUAGGAAGUUCAUUAAAUGCUCAUGAUUUAUGUUAGAUUGUUUUGAUUUUUUGGUACAUGUGCAAUUCUCGCUACCCCAAAUAGGAAAAAAUAUCUCAUAAUGCGCGAGACAAGAUAAUUUUCACUCCGUCGGGUCGUCAUCACCACUUCCGGUUCAGAGUCAUGCUCGCGCGAGGUUUGCGAUACUGAUUCCACCACGCUGAAAUCGAUGCCAAUGCCCAAUCAGCGUUAUAUGUACAGAUUAUAAUACUUUUUAUUUGAUUUGGUCAGUUUUGAUUCCAUUUGAAUUAUAAAUAAAAAUAAAAAAUAUAUUCUACGUGAAAAUAAUUUUUAUUCAUGUUUUUAUUUCAUUUUAAAAAAAUUAAACAAAAAAUAAAUAUCUUGAAAUUUUUCAUUUAGCGACAGGCCUGACAUCACGAUCGUAUUCGACUAGACGCUAUUAUAUACACUACAGCAUUCAUUCCGUUCAAUUUUUCGUCGACCACAAAACGGAUUAAAAAAAUCAGUUUCGGAACUUUAAAAAUCUUAACUGACAGAGGAAUACCGUGCAAUGGAAAGCGUCGGGCAGAAUUAGUGACUUUAGCAGAAAAGGCCGUUAAACUGUAUCAUGAAAGAGAGGGCUGCGAUCACGAACUUUCCGAGCGAAAGCGACGUUGUGUUGUUGUGGAUGACGGCACUGUUGAUUUGAAUGGCAAAACAGUGCAUUGGACUUCUGAACAGGAAGUUGUAAUACCGAAAAGCUAUCCCAUAAUGCAAUGCGCGUUACAGGGAUUUUUCUCGGAUCUCGGCGAAAUCGCUAUUUGGGGUAGCGAGAAUUUCAGUCAGACCCAAGGCAAAUCAUGUUCUCAUAUAAUGUUUAAGUUCUCUUAAAUAUUGUAAUUGUUUUAUUCAAUUUCAAUCCUCAUUUGUUUUUCGAUUGUUUUUGCUUUUGAAAAAUAUUUUGUAAUUGUUUCUUGUCUAUUUGAGAAUAUCAAGGCAUAGG